AUGAAUAAAGUUGCGAAAACAAACUUAAUUAACUUCCUUCCAUCGGAUUCAAGUGUUGGAUCACCUGAUUUUUCAUUUGUUAGUGCUUUGCAUGAUGGCAAGUUUGAUGUUUUAAAGUUUAGAGAAGGCAUUUCUCAUUGGAUUGUUAUGCAUGAAAAUACCUUCCCAGUUGUUGAAGAAGAAGGUUUUAACUUGAUGUUGAAACGAGGAAUCCCACAAUGGAAAAAUGUGUCUCGUCAUACUAUAAGAAGUGAUGCUUUCAAAACUUAUGAGAUUGAGAAGAGAAAGUUAAAAGAGUUGUUAAAGAACAUAGAUAGAAUUUCAUUGACCACUGAUAUAUGGCAUUCAAGUCCUCAAAAGAUUGAGUAUAUGGUUCUUACCUCUCACUUUGUUGAUCAUGAUUAG